AUGAACGGUUCAUCGCGCCCGUCCUUCGACCCCUCGCGCCUCACCAAAGCCGCCGCGGCCGAAUAUUCUUCAUCAGCAUCCGAAUCUGAGGACGAGCAUCUCGCGCCAGGUCUUGAUGCCGACAACGACUUCGGUGAUUUCAACCCCCGGAAGAGACGUCGUGUCGGUGGUAAUAACAAAGAGAAGGCUGCGCUGGGCAUCUUUGGCUCCGAUAGUGAAGACGAUGGCCCUGCUAGAAAGUGGAAGAGGACCACCUUGAGAAAUAAAGGCAUGAACUUUGUGUCAACAGGCGCAGGGAGUGACAAAGAAGAUCGUGAUGAAGAUUCCGAAGAUACUCGGCCGAUGCUUGGAAGCGCAAUGGACCAGGACGACCACGAAGAGGAGGAGGAGGCCAACACCGGAGUAGGACUAGGCUUCGGCGGUGUUGCACGCGGUUUUGCACAGAACGAUACCCAAACCUCAAGUCGAAGCGCAAGCGCCGAAGCAACAGCUCGACCAUCAUUUCGAACCCGAUUCGAUGGCAAGAACCCUCUCGGUAUGGGCUUUGUCCCAUCAUCAGCAAACGAUCCUGUCCUCAAGAACCCGCGCGACGAGGGCUCUCCGACACCACGUAACAAGCCACAACCGAGUGCCUUUGGCGCAAAGGGCAAGACAAACCCCAAGUCUUUCGGUGCCCGGAUGAUGGCAAAGAUGGGCUACCAGGAGGGACAAGGUCUUGGUAAGGAAGGCCAGGGCCGAAAUGUCAUUAUUGAAGCGAACCUCCGACCGCAGGGUAUUGGUCUAGGCGCUGUGAAAGAGAAGUCCGAACAAGAACGAAAGGAAGAGAAGCGACAAGCAAAAUUACGAGGAGAGGAGGUUAUAGAUUCGGACGAAGAGGAAAAGAAGAAACGAAAGAAGGCGAAGAAGAAGUCCCUGGGAGCUGCAUUUGACAGCGCGACAAGUACACCAAGACGACAGAAACCGAAAUACCUUACGGCAGAGGAGCUCAAGGCUGCGGCUCCAGGCCUUCAUAUCCCAGAUGCAUUUGCCCCCAUUCUCGAUAUGACAGGGCCAGGAAGUAAAAUGCUCACAUCUACGAGUGGCAUCAUGACACCGACAACAGGAACUGCCACGCCAGAGUCGACUGAAGUGAUAGAGGCGAGGAAGCUUGUCAAGAGAGCGCAAGCAGACUUGUUAGCCUUUUCUGAUGAAUGGAAGAGCUUGCAAGAGAGAAAAACGUGGAUAGACCUCGAGCUCAAGGAAAAAGAGCAGGACAUGGAUGAUUUACGAUCGGAUUUCGAAAGAUUACAGGUCUUUUCUGAGUUGGUCAGCCGAGAGCUUGCAACAGCCGACUGGGAUCAAGUUAUCGGGUGCUUGAAGAAGGCUCUUGAACUCAAGGCUACUACGUCAGAGAUUGCCGAUAUUGCUGUUGCAGCUAUCCAUCCUUUCUUACGAGAAGGAGACUGGGAUAUCCUGCAAGAACCAACACGCUUCGCUUCAGAUCUCAAAGAACUAAACUCACUCCUCAUGCCAUCGACGACAAAUGGCAAAUCUGUCGGCAAAUGGGAUUCCUCGGCAGCAGUCAAUACAGACGACAUCUACCGCCGCCAUCACAAAUCCACAACGCCGUACGAAAGCAUGAUGUACAAGAAUUGGCUACCCAAAGCCCUAACGGCUGUCCGGUCAUGGGAUGUCUUUGAGCCAGAGAAAAUGCUCAGUGUCAUGGAGGCCUGGGAUGACCUCCUGCCAUCGUUUGUCCGUGCGCAAUUCAUCGACAACAUCGCUCGGAAAUUGGAAACGGCAGUGUCAGACUGGAAUCCCAAAAACAGGCGUCAGCAUCACAGUCUACCGCACAUAUGGCUAUUCCCAUGGCUUCAAUACCUUCCCUCAUAUCAUCUCGACCCCAAGGGAACAGGUCUUGUAGCAGACGUCAAGAGAAAGUUCAGACAACUCAUCGACGUAUGGGAUUUCAAGGAGGGUCGCUUACCCGGUCUUACAAAAUGGGAACGCAUCCUUGGCGAUCAAUGGCGACCACUCGUGAUGUCCCACGUCCUCCCGUCAAUGGGCAAAUAUCUCCAGCGAAACUUUGUAGUCGAGCCAGCAGAUCAGGAACCGAGUCUUCCUGUGCUCAGGGGUAUUCUGAAAUGGACGCCCACGCUCGGCCGAAGUGUUAUUGCCGAGGUGCUGAUACAGCACUUGUUCCCCAAGUGGCACAAGACGCUGACGGAGUGGCUGUCGCUUGACGAGGUUGACUUGGGCGAGGUGGCGGAUUGGUAUGCUUGGUGGAGGGGGUUGUUGCCGAAAGAUGUUAUGAAGGUCAAGGGCGUGAAGGCGGAGUUUGAUACGGGUUUGAAGGUCAUGGCGAGGGCGGUGGCAGGGGCGUGA